GGGCGAAGGAGGAUGUGGGUCCUUUAUUGAAGCAUGCAACGUUUUGAGGGGUGUAGACUGGGAAAGUAGACCCCUACCCAGCAGAAGGGGCGAGGACAGUCCUCAGGGUAAGGGGCAGAAAGUGGGGAGGGAAUAGGGAGAAGAAACUACAACUCCCAUGGUGCAAGGCGCGGCGACGGAGGCGCUCCCGACCAAUGGGCGAGCGGGAACCACAACUCCCGUCAGGCAGCGCGCUCACGUCCGGGCCAAUGGGUGGCCGCGCCGCCGUCGACGUCAUGACGCCGCCCGCCCCCCCUCCCCGAAAGACGCGACGCAAAGUGAUGGCGGCGGUGACACCGACGUGGGAUUCCCGGCUCCGCUGGCUGGCCUGUGGCCUCGGCCUGGCUCUGUCGCUCUACGCCUACCACGUCGAGACGUCCAAGGAGCGGGACGCGGGAUACCGGGCCAUGUGCGACCUGAGCGAAUCCGUCAGCUGCUCCAAAGUCUUCACCUCCCGGUGGGGCCGGGGUUUCGGGCUGCUCGGGAGUGUGCUGGGACACAACAGUGUGCUGAACCAGCCUAACAGUAUCUACGGUUUAAUCUUCUACCUUCUCCAACUGCUCCUCAGUCUGACCCCCAGUGCCACAGCCGCCAUCAUCCUGGGCGCCAGCUCUGUCGUGUCCUUGGCAGGCUCCCUGUACCUCGCCUACGUCUUGGUGUUCGUCCUGCACGACUUCUGCCUGGUCUGCGUCACCACCUACGCCCUCAACCUGCUGCUCUUCGUGCUCAACUACAGGAGGCUCGUGCACCUCAACGACAGCUGGCAACAGAGGAGGGACAAGCAGGAGUGAGGGGAGGGAGCCGGGGGGGUG